UACCCAGAGUUCGCAGUAGAAUGCGGCCGCUCUUUACACUCGCUCGCUCUUAUAUAACUUUAACGUGCGCGUCGAACUCGGCCGGCACUUUCCACGGGCUGACACUUUCCCACUUUUAGAGGAUCCGUCGAACUCGCCUGUGGAUUUCUUUCCGUGUUUUCGUCCUCUACGAUUCUUAAAAGGAGAAAAAGUGGAGCGAGUUUUUCUCCGGAUCGUCUCCUCCUCGACCUUGUUUAUUUAGUUUAGUUAGAGAAUAGUUGCUGCCGAGCGCUGGGAUAUAUACUUGUUGACAAGCGCUUUUUCUUAUUAUUAUUAAUAUUUUUUUUACCGUGUCAUCUGUACGUCAUGCCUCAUUUUCCAUAUCUCAUCGGGGCUGACUUUGCGUCACUCCUAGUUGUCUCCUACUGAGUUUUGACAGGACAUGACCUAAACGGAGGUCUGCAUCCCUCUCCAUUCAACAGAUAACGAAAUGGAUCGGGGAGGCUCGACGUAUAACAGUCAUCGAGACGACUGCAUGACAUUCGUGGAGUUGGGAUCCGGAGUAUGCAGAGAGGCAUCUGACGCCGCCGGUUCCCUGCUCGGCGCUAUCCACCCGACCGCCGCGGCCCCAAACAGGGGAGGAACCAAAGACCAGCUGGAGUCCGGAAUUCUACUGGACCCCCACCGGCAGCGUCAGGUCUCAUUCGAAGGGUCGGACACAAACGGUCAGAAGAUGAUCAGACUCGAAAAAGAUGGCGGGGUGUUUAACAUGGAGGAAGACUUGGCACUACUGAGCCAGAGUAUUGCCGACCCGGAAAACGUCGCCACGUCCGUCAUCAACGCCUCCGUUUUGGGAAACCUUCCUCUGCAUGACCUUUUCCCCCAGGACAUCAAACAGGAAGGAGACUUCUUCCUGGACAAAGAACUGGGAUGUCACAGCGGACUUCCCUCCGCAACGUCUUAUGAUUUGACAGGCGGCGGCGAUCGUUUGCUCGAAGAAAGCGAUCUUUGGAAAAACCUGGACCUUCCCGGAUCCUUACCGGAGAUAAGCGAAUUUGAGUUGAAUUCGGAGGUAGCUAACCUUGAUUUCAUCCUGCACGAAGGCCGGAGACCGGCGGGAGACUUACCGAAAGUGACCCAAGUGCCCGUGGGCAACGGCGGCGACUGUCACAACGCUAACAACUUGAGCCAGCAGCAUCCCGCUUUGCUCCAACAUCAUCAUCCUCACCUGCAGCACCAGCUUCAAUACCAACAUCAGCAGCCGGGCUCUCUUCUCUCCAGCGUCACUGUCAAGGAGGAGAACCCCGACCAUUCUUUCACCCACAUUCUCACUCCCGGUGUGGUCAAAGAAGAGAAUCCGGAACCCGCGUUCUGCCAGUCGCGUUGUGUCCAGGGAGGCCUGCCCCCUGUUCAUUUAGGAGCUGCGAUGUCUGCUUCUAUGGGCAUGGACGCGGUUCCCAGCUACCGAUGCAGAUCCGGCGCACUGGGCCAGCAAGAUCAGAAGCCCUUUGUCAUGCAUGCUAAUCCACCCUCAUUGGGCGAAAGCAGCAUGCGAGGGGACGGGUAUCGAGAUGCCGUCAUGAUUAAAAGGGGCGGCGACGGUCUCCCCAACGCUGCGAUGUUGACGCCAUACCCUCUGAGCUUCUCCAGCUCAUCACCCAGAACGGGAGCAGAUUCUAACAGUUCCGUAGUGCCGGCUCCAUCCAAACUCAACGGGCAGAGCAACAAAGUGUGUUUGGUGUGUUCGGACGAGGCCUCCGGAUGCCACUACGGGGUGGUGACGUGCGGCAGCUGCAAGGUUUUCUUCAAGAGGGCUGUGGAAGGAUGGAGAGCACGACAAAAGAGUGAUGGCCAACACAACUACCUGUGUGCGGGAAGAAACGACUGCAUCAUCGAUAAGAUCCGCAGGAAAAACUGUCCCGCCUGUCGCUUCCGCAAAUGCCUUCAGGCUGGGAUGAAUUUGGAAGCAAGGAAAAACAAGAAGCUAGACAAGGCACGACAACGGCACAACAGGGUACCGGUGCAGCCCGUCGCAGCAAUGCCAAUGGCGGUCAUCCCUGCCUGCGUCCCCCAGCUGGUGCCCGCCAUGCUGUCGGUUCUCCAGGCCAUCGAACCCGAGAUCAUCUACUCGGGCUAUGAUAGCACCAUGCCCGACACGUCGUCGCGUCUCAUGAGCACGCUUAACAAGCUUGGCGGGCAGCAGGUCAUCUCAGCCGUCAAGUGGGCAAAAUCGCUGCCAGGUUUCCGUAAUCUGCACCUGGACGACCAGAUGACGCUGCUGCAAUGCUCGUGGCUCUUCCUAAUGUCCUUCAGUUUGGGUUGGAGGUCAUACAAGCAGUGCAACGGGAACAUGCUCUGCUUUGCGCCUGACCUCGUCAUCAACCAAGAACGCAUGAAGCUUCCCUACAUGGCGGGGCAGUGUGAGCAGAUGCUGAAGAUCUGCACGGAAUUUGUGCGUCUGGAGGUGUCCUACGAUGAAUACCUGUGCAUGAAAGUGCUGCUGCUGCUCAGCACAGUGCCUAAAGAUGGUCUAAAGAGCCAGGCGGUGUUCGACGAGAUCCGGAUGAUGUACAUCAAGGAGUUGGGCAAAGCAAUUGUCAAGCGAGAUGAGAACACCAGCCAGAACUGGCAGCGCUUCUACCAGCUGACUAAGCUACUGGACUCCAUGCAAGGGAUGGUGGAGGAUCUACUUCAGAUUUGCUUCUACACGUUCAUGAAUAAAAGGCUGAGCGUGGAGUUCCCCGAGAUGCUGGCGGAGAUCAUCACCAAUCAGAUACCAAAAGUCAAAGACGGCAGUGUCAAGCAGCUACUUUUUCAUCAGAAGUGAGCGUCAUCGGGCUUCGUCAUACCUUCAAAUUCCUUUAACUUCAAAGCCACAGCUUCGCUCAGGUUCGACAAGCGUCUGUCAGUUGGGUUCUCAGAGUCGAUAUUUUUGGACCCCUCCUCGUCCGAAGCUAUAAAACGUCCACGUCCUGACCACGCUCUCUAACCCAUCCGCCGCCGAGUUGCAGAAUGUAAAAUGUCAACUACGUCAGGAAAAAAAAAAUGCUUUCAGCUUGUAACUGCAAACUGCUUUUAGCUUGUAACAAGUGGCAAAACACAGUGACUGAAAAAAAAAAAUCUAUAUUUCUCUAUAUAUUUUUUCUCUCUCGCUUUUAAGUCCGUUCACGUGUGCGUGACAAGGGAAACCAGUGCCUUUGAGCUCCUAAAGCUCUUCAAAGCUAUUAUUUUUUUUCUUUUCACGGUUAGAAAACAAAAUGCGUUCAAUUUUUCCCUUUGUGUAAACAUUCUUGACCGAGUAAGGCCUCUCUGAAAAGAUAAAACGUAUCGGCGGUAUCGGAAAAGGUAGUUGUGUUAACAAAGAGAAACGCAACAAUAACAUUGAAGAUAUACUUUUAAGUGAAGAACUAUUAAUAUGAUGAGACGUUAAGAAUUAUUGACAUUAGGCAUAAUUUUCAAGCGGGGGUUUAAUUAGUCGGUGCAGUUUGUUAGUUAUUUGUUAGUUGCAGGAGUGGCUAAGCUAGCGCGACUCAAUGGUGCUUGCUAGCAUGUCAAUAAAAAACAAUGAGAAUCACCGAUGACCAGGGGUGAAAGGGGGUAGAAUUUCUUGCCGGAACUUCCCGAUGUGAAAGUCGCCAUGGAGCCAGAAAUUGUAUUUGUUUAUUUAUUUUUUCUUUGGUGUUUUUAUUUUUUUGGAGGGAGGGGUCAAACCUCUUAAACUACUGAAAUGCUAAGAAAACUGCUUUAGCAGUUAUUUCUAUAACAGAUACAAAAACUGAUUUUCAUUCAAAAUUGCAUUUUUCAAGGAUUUGCAAAACAAAAGCAAUAACCCCUACCUCCAUCUCCUAAUUUUUAUUUUCCCUCAUUUCCUCACAUACUUAAUUCCAAAUCUCAAUUUUAACUACCAUAAUUUUCUGCAGGGAACAGGCUGUCUAGGCAAGCGACGUCACAUCGUUUUUUCACCGCUGAUUUUUUUGGUGGGAGCGAAAGGGACUCUCAAUCCCCCAAAUCAAUCUCCGUGACAGACUUUAAUGUUAACUCGUUAACUACGACAUGGCUUAGCUGUUCCGAAGCCUGCAACUUGUGAAACCAACUCCACCGACUAAUUAAACCCUCGCUAACUCGGAAAUUAAGCCUAAAGUCAAAAAUUCUGAACUUCCCCUUUAAGGGGGAUACAUUUUAUGUCAAAAAUGUAUCUUUCAUUUUAAGUAUGAGACAUAAUUUUACAAGGACUAAGGAAAUAUUCCCUAAUCAUGUUGCGAUAAUUAAAAGUAAAUGAGAAAAAGCAGAACACAAGCUUAUUUUUUUAAGUUAUUUCCAAUUUUGUUUUUGAAAAUACAGAUUCAUAUUCCUAAAAAGUAUAUUUAAUAUAACUGUAAACCAAUCUAAUACUGCGUAACACUGCUGUUGAAGACAAAGCUAAUUAAAAACUGCACUUUUUUUUUUUUUUUGCAUCAAAACGAAAAGAUUAUUUUAUUAUCAGAGGAAAUACGUUUAGAAACAAUGUAAGCGUUUUUGUGAUAUGACAAAAAAUAUUGUAAUUUUAAAUAUUUGUAAAUAUUACUUGACGUACCUAAGCACCUUCAUGUGGAAGACGUUUGAUAGGAAAGUCUUUGUUUUGUUUUUUUAAAUUUACAAAGUGAUUGAAAUGAUGAUUUAUUGCUGCAAUGUUACAGCUUUGUUCAGGUUCUUUGAAGAAAAAAUUUUUGGUUCUAACCAAAUUUUUUUUGCCGUGAUGCUCAAAUAACCAUCAUUCUAUCGUUAUGAAAACUGAUCAUUUCAUUGCUAGCCGCAUAACUAAUGUUAAAUAAUCUCCAUUUAAUGAACCUUUCAAUCACUCACGAAGCUCAAUUGUUGAAACAAAAGGAAGAAAGCGAUAUACUGUGGGGCAAAUAAGUAUUUAGUCAACCACCAAUUGUGCAAGUUCUCCUACUUGAAAAGAUUUGAGAGGCCUGUAAUUGUCAACAUGGGUAAACCUCAACCAUGAGAGACAGAAUGUGGAAAAAAAAUAAAAUAAAAAAACAUUGUUUGAUUUUUAAAGAAUUUAUUUCCAAAUUAAAGUGGAAAAUAAAUAUUUGGUCACCAGCAAACAAGCAAGAUUUCUGGCUGUCAAAGAGGUCUGACGAGGCUCCACUCGUUACCUGUAUUAAUGGCACCUGUUUUAACUCAUUAUCAGUAUAAAAGACACCUGUCCACAACCUCAGUCAGUCACACUCCAAACUCUACUAUGGCCAAGACACAAGAGCUGUCGAAGGACACCAGAGACAAAAUUGUAGACCUGCACCAGGCAAUAGGUAAAACGCUUGGUGUAAAGAAAUCAACUAUGGCAAUUAUUAGAAAACGGAAGACAUACAAGACCACUGAUUAUCUCCCUCGAUCUGGGGCUCCAAGCAAGAUCUCACCCCGUGGCGUCAAAAUGAUAACCAGAACGGUGAGCAAAAAUCCCAGAACCCCACGGGGGGACCUAGUGAAUGACCUACAGAGAGCUGAGACCACAGUAACAAAGCCGCCGCUAAGGACUCAAAUCCUGCACUGCCAGACGUGUCCCCCUGCUGAAGAAAGUACACGUCCAGGCCCGUCUGCGGUUCGCUAGAGAGCAUUUGGAUGAUCCAGAAGAGGACGGGGAGAAUGUGUUAUGGUCAGAUGAAACCAAAAUAGAACUUUUUGGUAGGGUUGUUCCGAUCAUGUUUUUUUGCUCCCGAUCCGAUCCCGAUCGUUUUAGUUUGAGUAUCUGCUGAUCCCGAUAUUUCCCGAUCCGAUUGCUUUUUUUUGCUCCCGAUUCAAUUCCAAUCUUUCCCGAUAAGUUUUCCCGAUCAUAUACAUUUUGGCAAUGCAUUAAGAAAAAAAUGAAUAAAACUCGGACGAAUAUAAACAUUCAACAUACAGUACAUAAGUACUGUAUUUGUUUAUUAUGACAAUAAAUCCUCAAGAUGGCAUUUACAUUAUUAACAUUCUUUCUGUCAGAGGGAUCCACGGAUGGAAAGACUUGUGACUUUGUAUAUUGUGACUAAAUAUUGCCAUCUAGUGUAGUUGUUGAGCUUUCAGUAAAUGAUACUGCAGGCAUUCAACCCAAAUGUAUGAUGGGAAGUGGAACCAUGAAUGUGCGUAGUGCCACCAAUUGAUAUAUCUUCUCUGCGUUCGGAAAUAACAAAGUGUUAAGUAAAAGAUCAUUUGCUACCUUGCUUCCCCACAUUGCUUCUCAUGAUAUUUCUAAUCGUAGGGAGAGGGAUUGUAAGGCUUUAGCCAAUUUAAAAACGGCUCCAAAGGCUGCCAAAAUUCACUCUACUCAUUUUACGCUGCCUAUUGUCUGUCAAUAUAGGUAAAACGGCGCCAUUACAGAUUGAGCGUGACAAUGUGUGAUAAUUGCGUUAAAUAUUUUAAUGUGAUACAUUUAUUAAAAAAUUAACGCCGUUAUCGGGAUAAAUUUGAUAACCCUACCUUAACCCUAAACUAAAGACUCUGGAUGAGUGUAACAUAUUAUGUCUGUAACGUUAAAUACAAUUAGAAAACGAUUUAAUUAAAAAAUAUAUACAUAUUUUAAAAAAAGGCAUGGCCGAUAUUUUUUUGCCGAUUCCGAUACUUUGAAAAUGACGUGAUCGGACCUGAUCGAUCGGGAUGCCGAUCGAUCGGGACAUCUCUACUUUUUGGUAGAAACACAGGUUCUGGUGUUUGGAGGAGAAAGAAUACUGAAUUGCAUCCAAAGAACACCAUACCCACUGUGAAGCAUGGGGGUGGAAACAUCAUGCUUUGGAGCUUUUUUUCUGCAAAGGGGCCUGGACGACUGAUCUGUGUAAAGGAAAGAAUGAAUAGGGCCAUGUAUCGAGAGAUUUUGAGUGAAAAUCUCGUUCCAUCAGCAAGGGCAUUUAAGAUGAGACGUGGCUGGGUCUUUCAGCAUGAUGAUGAUCCUAAGCACACAGCCAGGGCAACAAAGGAGUGGCUUUGUAAGAAGCAUUUCGAGGUCCUGGAGUGGCCUAGCCAGUCUCCAGAUCUCAACCCCGUAGAAAAUCAGUGGAGGGAGUUGAAAGUCUGUGUUGCCCAACGACAGCCCCAAAACAUCACUGCUCUAGAGGAGAUCUGCAUGGAGGAAUGGGCCAAAAUACCAGCAACAGUGUGUGAAAAGCUUGCGAAGAGUUACAGAAAAUGUUUGGCCUCGUUAUUGCCAACAAAGGGUACAUAACAAAGUAUUGAGAUGAACUUUUGGUAUUGACCAAAUACUUAUUUUCCACCAUGAUUUGCAAAUAAAUUCUUUAAAAAUCAAACAAUAUGAUUUUCUUUUUUUUUUUUUUCCUCAUUCUGUCUGUCAUGGUUGAGGUUUACCCAUGUUGACAAUUACAGGCCUCUCUAAUAUUUUCAAGUGGGAGAACUUGCACAAUUAGUGGCUGACUUAAUACUUAUUUGCCCCACUGUAUUGAUAUACUACAUGAAACAAUGUUUUUUUUCCCUUUUGUAAACCGUAAAAAAAAAUGUUCCCUUUAAGGUGUAUCCUCUGCUACCUUCUUUUCAAAUGAGUUAUUUUGGGGGAAAAAAAAUCAAUAAAAGCUCAGGCUCAGUCACUGGUGCCAAAAGUCACAGGAGGUUCUAACACGAUGGCUUGUAUUGCUUUUGAAUUUUUUGUGUGCGAAUGUAUCGUGCGGUGCGACGCUCCAAUUGUGACAGUUUGCUUCAGGGUUACCCAUACAUGAGAUUAUCACCUUGUAAACCAGCUUCAACGUGAUGAUUAUUAACUUCAUGCAGGUAACAUUACAGUAAAUAUGGUAGCUUUUUGGGGAAUGGGUUUUGAAAUGUCUUUUUACUACUCGCAUAGACGCUUUGUACAUCCAGGAAUACAUACAGUAGGCUAUAUAUAGUACUUGGUACACGCACAUAUACAGUAUAUAUACGCAUGCAUACUCGGUACUUUCGCAUUCUGUAAAAGAGUAUACAAAACGAGUGCCUGUCAACCAUCAAUGGUUUCUUGCUCACGACAUGGAGCCAUUUCUUUCUAAUGUUUGUCUCUGAAUGGCAGUUAACAUUGCCGGUAAUGGGGUUGCCAUGGCGACCGGUCAUCCGUGCGCUACUGAGGGCUAACAGCGCAGCGGGCCUUAGGCGCACAGGUUCAAACACGCAUAUACACACAAAUAGUGGUGCUUAGCGUAUGACGUGGCGCAGUGUCACAAAAACCAGCCUGGAUGUAAUAAUCAAUAAAUGUACGCAGGGGGUGCCAAUGUGCUCGUUGCGAUGCUAACAGCUUUUUUUGUGCGGAAUGGCUUUCAUUUUUUUUUUUUUUUAAAGCUGUAUACCACAUUAUUUUAAAUAGGGGUAAUUUACAUGACGUCAUACUCUCUUCCGGGUUUCCGAUAGGAGUAUGAAUUGACUUUAUCAGGAUCUGCAAGGAAAAAACAUUCAUUUUCGAAAGGUAUAAUGAUGAUGUCUUGCUAAUAGGGCUGUCAAACAAUUAAAAUUUUUAAUUGAGGAAAUUACAGCUUAAAAAUUAAUUAAUCGCAAUUCAAACCAUCUAUAAAAUAUGCCAUAUUUUUCUGUAAAUUAUUGUUGGAAUGGAACAAUAAGACACAAGAUGGAUAUAUACAUUCAACAUACGGUACAUAAGGACUGUAUUUGUUUAUUAUAACAAUAAAUCAACAAGAUGGCAUUAACAUUAUUAACAUUCUGUUAAAGCGAUCCAUGGAUAGAGGGACUUGUAGUUCUUAAAAGAAAAAUGUUAGCACAAGUUAUAGAAAUUUUAUAUUAAAACCCCUCCUAAUGUUUUCGUUUUAAUACAUUUGUAAAAUUUUCAAUCAAAAAAUCAACUAGUAGCCCGCCAUUGUUGAUGUCAAUAAUUACUUACACAAUGCUCAUGGGUGCUGAAGCCCAUAAAAUCAGUCGCACCCAAGCGCCAGCAGAGGGCGGCAAAACUCUAUAAAACACAACAAGUGAGCGUUUCACUGUACUGUCAUUUAAAUCUGUCUGAGCGGGGCAUCUGCGUUAAUUGCGUCAAAUAUUUUAACGUGAUUAAUUUAAAAAAAUAAUAAACACCCGUUAACGCGAUAAUUUUGACAGCCCUAAUUAUAUAUAUAUAUAUAUAUAUAUAUACCGUAUUGGCCCGAAUAUAAGACGACCCUGAUUAAUAGACGACCCCCUCUUUUUUAAGACUCAAGUUUGAAAAGACUUUUUGAACACCAAAUUAAUAUUUAUAUAGAAAAUAAUUACAGUACAUCCGAAACAAAUGAUUAUAACAAUAUAUUUAAGAGAAAAAGCAUGUUAUUUUGCCUCAUUCAAAUCUUAACAUCUGAACAUUUAAAUAUGUAAACUAAAGCGCAAUCACAUUCGUAAAUGAAUGGCUUCUGGUUUUUGAAAUGUAAAUAAACCAAUCUAUUGUGAUAAAACAAAAUUGCAAUAACUGCAUUAACCAUCAAAGUGAAGUCUUAACUGUAACUUUAGUCUUGAAACAAAUCUGAGUAAGUAAAAACAUUGCAAUGAAAUAAUGCAAACUGGUUAAACUUGAGAGUAGCUGAGAUCUGUCAUGACAGAACAUCGCUUCAAUGAUAUAUGGCGCCAUCUAGUGUCAUUAAUGGGUAUAACGUCUAGACCGCGAAUAUUAGACGACCCCCUCUUUUUCAGUCUAAUUUCAAUGCAAAAAACACCGUCUUAUAUUCGGGCACUAAUAAUGCUAGCAACAAAAGGUCGACCGAUAUGGGAUUUUCAAAUGCCGAUACCGAUAUCUAAAAAUAUUUUCAUCCGAUUGCCGAUAUCGAAAGCAGAUUUUUUAAGCCGAUAUACUUUUUUUUUUUUUUUUUUUUUUUUAAGCACGUAGAUUAUGAAAGGCAGUUAAAAAAAAAUCAACAGAUUCAAAA